AUGACGACGAGAAAGAAGUCCAAAUUAUCGGUGAGAAAAGAUACAUUAUUCAAGAAACCUUCUUCUUCUUCUUCUUUAUACGAGUCACGAGCCAAGACUCUUCUCAAGAAAGCAUUCGAGCUCUCGGAGCUAUGCGGUAUCAAUGUGUGCAUCAUCUGCUAUGACCGUGAAGGCAACCUCGUGAAGACGUGGCCUGAUAACAACGACGAAUCCCAGGUUAAAGCCAUGGCCGAGCGAUUCAGCAGGUUAAGCGCACAAGAACGGAACAAGAAAAGCACCAACCUCUCUCUGUUUCUAAACAAGAAGAUGGUGGACGAGAAGAAGGCAUCUCUCAGAGCAAACGACAACAAAUUCUCCAAGAAAGUGUUCGUGAUUGAGGAUUCCUUGGAGACUCAGUUAACGAUAUUACGAGAAAAGAUUCAAUCAUCACUUCUUCAAUCUGGUCAGGAUCACGGAGUUGUUUCAACGGAUCUAGGUUAUGCUUCCUCGGUAGUUAAUGUGGAUCAAUAUCAACCAAUCUUGACGAAUCAGCCGAGCAAGUUCUCAAUCUUGUUGUAUAACCAUGACAAUGGCACUUUCACACAAUUGGCCAACACCUCUGCUCUUCUUCCUAGCUUUGAGCAACCGCUGAUUCCGUGUAAUCAAGAUUAUGGUACUAAUUACUUGGAUGAAUUACUUGGGGAACAAGGAAUGAGCAGCUGCAACAACUUAAAUCUUCCUAUCUCUAUCAUUCUUCCUCCUAUGAUGCACACUCAAACCUCAAUGUUUCAGCAGUUUGAUGAUCAGUUUAUGCAGACACAACAGGGGAUUCCAUACAAUCAGAUGCUAUCUUCUGACUAUCCAACAAUGAUGUUCUCUUAG